AUGCAAGAUCCAGCAACACAAUUCGAGAUCGCCGAUCCUCCCAGCGAUGGCAUUUCCAGUAUCACCUUUAAUCCUUCCGACUCACGAUUCUUACUCGCCACUUCAUGGGAUACAACUGUGAGACUUUACGACGUCGAAUUAAAUGAAAAACGCGCACAGUUUGAUAAUAAGGGUGCAGUACUCGAUGCAUGCUUUGCUGGUGCCGACGUCGCAUACAGCGGUGGUCUUGACAGGCAAAUCAAAAUGCUCAACCUUGAAAACAAGACUGAGCAGGUCAUUGGUAGUCAUGAUGAAGCUGUACGUUGUCUUUGCUGGAGUUCAGAAACGAACAGUGUAUAUUCAGGCUCAUGGGAUAAAACAUUACGUGUCUGGGAUAGUCGCAGCAAUGAGGCACAGCAACUCAAGCAUCAUCUUCCUGAAAAGGUGUUCAGCAUGGAUCUCAACAACAACCGCUUGGUAGUGGCUAUGGCCAAUCGACAAAUCCACGUGUACGAUAUCAGAAAUAUGGAUAAGCCUGAGCAGGAACGUGAAAGCUCGCUUCGAUACAUGUUAAAGUGUGUCCGGUGUAUGCCAGAUGGUCAAGGAUACGCUUGUUCAUCCAUUGAGGGACGUGUUGCAUUGGAGUAUUUUGAUGCUGAAGCCCAAUCAAAGAAAUACGCUUUCAAAUCACAUCGACAAGUUAUCAAUGAUACCGAGGUCGUUUAUCCUGUCAAUGCUUUGGCUUUCCACCCAAUCUAUGGAACAUUUGCUUCAGGUGGGUCCGAUUGUGUGGUAAGCAUCUGGGACGGCGUCAAUAGAAAACGCAUCAAACAGUUUCAACGUUACCCGGAUGAGAUUUCGAGCCUGUCUUUCAGCCCUGAUGGCAAAAUGUUGGCAGUAGCAAGUAGUUAUACCUUUGACGAAGGCGAGAGAGACCAUUCACCCGAUGCCAUCUUUAUCAAACACAUUGGUGACAACGAAUGUAAGCCUAGACAUCUUUCCAAUGGUGGUAAUUCUUAA